AAUAGUCACUGAUUUCUUUAAGCUGACUUAAUGAACUCCUAAUAUCAGCAAAUUUAAGGCCUGAGGGCACUAAACUAACUGUAGACUCAGAUUACAGCCAACAAAAUUACUCAUCUAAUAUCAGUGAAAUUAUUCUUGUACAUGAUGGUAAACCUAAAGGACUGAGUUACGUCUUUCACUAAGGAUGUUACCUAGGAUGAGCAGUAUAUGUUUAUUAGGAAAUUAACUACAUGAAUGAAGAGACCAGACUUCAAAAAUCUAAUUUUUAUAAAUAUGCUCUAUGUUCUCAUUGGAUCAAACUGGUUAUUAACCAAUUUUCCAGAACAGCUGUACAGAAUUUCGGCAUGGCAGCCAGCUAAAUGGUACAAAAUAACAUGUUUAAGCUGGAAUAGCUUAUAAUUUUAUUGAAAUAAAAUUGUGGCUAUAAAAAGUGCUUCCCAAAGCUAAGGAAAAUAUACAAAUAUUUUAAUUAAGGCAGAUUCGUUUUUAAAAAAUCAGGCUUUUAGUAGUGAUUGCUUUGUAAACAAAGGAUGGGUCGAAGGAGAGUGCCUUAAACUCAAGCCUGACAUUCAGGCCCGUGUCACCCUAUAAACCCGCCCUGAACAAUUCUAUUUUCUAUUUGAAAAGAGAAACCAGCUGUGGGUUGGGUUUACUAGGUGGCGUGUGAUUGACUGACUCACCUGCUGGAGCGGCCGUGCACUCUCUCACCUUUUGUUUAUGGGGCCUGGUUCCUAAACACGUGGAUCCGGAGAAAGAGAGCGAGGCUCGACCUUCUGCAGCCUCGCACGCAGCGCCCUACCCCGCCCCCACCCUGUCUAGGGGAUUGUUUCAGUUUCCCAUUCCGACCCAGUGGCAGUUCUUCGUCUACAUAAACAGUCCAUAUUCGUGGAAUAAUUCUCUCUUGAUAGGUGGUUACUAGCCGUUAACAACCAUUUAUUUACUUUCAAAAUUAAUAAUAAACUUUAUAAACUAACCAGCCAUUUGCCCCUCCUCUCCAGUACAUGCCUGGGUGAGUUGGUUAUUUUCAGUCUUUAUUCUGGAGGAAGCUCUUGCCGGGUGGGGGAGGGAAAGAAAGGGGAGGGGAGGACGGAGGGAGGACGGUGGGGGCAGGCCCUGGGAGAAGGAGAGGGGUCCCAGUGAAGAAGAAUUAGGGAAUAUGGAGGCUAUGAAGACUCAAGAUCAUUAGUGUUCAGUGAAUUAGAAAAAAAUAAAACAAACUGUGUUCUUUCCCUGCGUUCCCCCCUCUGCGUGCCUGUUUUGUGAGAGCCUUGCUCUCUGGCGGGUCCUUUUUCCCCCUGCCUGGACACCCCCACCUCCCCCUUAAUGCUAUUUUAGCUUUUCCUCUUGUAAAUUUCAGAGCCAGCUCGGAGGUUAUUGAGGACACUUAAACCGAAAGAGGGAAAUAAUAGAGGUGCUGAGAGCGUUUUUGAUGUUUCUUAAAAGGCAAAAACAAAACGCCCUCUUCUAAACAAGGGCACGCAAUUGUACCUGCUUUUUAUUUUUAUUUGGGGAGGGGGCGCGCCGGUUGAAUGAGACUACUUUUUAAUAUGAUUUAAAUAUUUUUCCGAAAAAAUUAAGGAAAUUCUCCUAUCAUAUUUAAUCAGCUGUAAUUAUAACACAUUCGAAAUGAAUAAUAUGCCUUGACAGUAUUUUUAUUGUUAUUGUUCAUUGCAUGAUGUUCGACUGCUUUAGAAGCACAGGAAAGAGAAGUAAACGCGCUACAAAUGGGGAAUUACCCUCGUUUAGCAUUAAAAUUCAUUUAGAUAAAAUUGCCACAAACAUUUAAAUGGGAAGAUUAGUUCCCCCUCACGCCUUAUUGCACUCGCUCAAUGGUUCCGUUAAGAACAUUUUACACGUUGGAAAUUCCGUCUUCUCAGACGGCUUGCUGUUUCCUAGUUACCCACAUUCAAAGCAAAGGCAGCAGCAAAGGCAGCCGCAGCAGCAGCAGCAGGGAAAAAAAAAAAAAAAAAAAAGUUUUGGCAACUGGUCUGCAAUUCAUCCGCUUCUGGCCGCAGCCUCCCCUCCGCCCACUGCAGCCCGCCCCCCACCCAUCACCUUUCCUCACCCCGCAUUAGGUAACUGGCAGAGUCCUGUGGAGGAAACAGCCUCUGAGUUCUACAGUAUGCAUAUAAUGUUAAAUACAAAGAAAUACCCAAAAGCCAGGCUCCCCUCUCCUGCCUCUGCUCUGAACGGAGAGGUUAGCCUGGAAGUGCUGAGUUUCUCACAUCUUCUGCUCUGAGCCCACAAGGCACGUUUUUUGGCUUUCUUUUCUGCCAGGACAUUUCCAGGAAAUUCACCACUGCUUCUUGCCUGUAUUAGACUUGUGUGAAAGAAUGACAUUUGAAAAGCCCGUGCAACGUCUAGCUUCUCCCUCUCUUUUCUCUUGUAUCUUUCCUUAUCCCUGUGCCUCUCUGUCCCUCACUCCCCCUUUCUCUCGCUCCUUCCCUCUUCCCUCUUUCUGCCCCUCCCUUCGCAGGGCCGCAGGAAAAGAAGAAUGUCGGCUUCGACUGCCAUCUUUUGGGGAUUUGGAAAAACGACUCGAUUGCAUUCUUACCCAAAUUCUCUUCGUGAUUGCCUGUUUUGCGGCUUUGGGUGUGUGGGACUGCUGUCUGGAGGAGCAGAAGAGGUGGCGGGAACGAGCCACCAAGACCAGCAUCUUCAUAGGCACCUUCCUCCUCUGCUCUGGGCCCUAUGUGAUCACCAGCUUGGUUCCCAGUAAUGAUGCCCAGAAUAAAACUGUUUCAGGAAAAAUGUGGCUAGGAACUUCAGUGUAAUAUUGAACAGCAACAUCAUCUCAAUGGAACAUGAGUCUGAGCAAACCCCGGGAGAUAGUGAAGGACAGGGAGCUUGGUGUGCUGCGGACCAUGGGGUUA